UGUUCGAAAAAGCUCGACAUUCUCCCCCAAGUCUGAAGGUCGUCCAUCUCAAUUUCAUAUUCAGUCUCAAUGGAGGAACUGCCGAUUUCUCCGGCGGGGCACGAUCCUCAGGGACAGGUUAAGCAGCAGCAAGCCGCCGGCGUUGGUAUACUGCUUCAGAUUAUGAUGCUCGUUCUUUCUUUCGUUCUCGGCCAUGUCCUCCGCCGUCACCGAUUCCACUAUAUUCCUGAAGCCAGCGGUUCGCUUCUCAUUGGUUUAAUCGUCGGUGUACUUGCUAAUAUCUCCGAUACUGAGGCUAGCAUUAGGACGUGGUUUAAUUUCCAUGAGGAGUUCUUCUUCUUGUUUCUGUUGCCUCCCAUCAUAUUCCAGUCAGGUUUCAGUCUUCAACCUAAACCCUUCUUUUCUAACUUUGGAGCCAUUGUUACCUUUGCUAUCAUCGGAACUUUUAUCGCUUCAGUUGUCACUGGUGGUCUAGUUUAUCUUGGCGGCUCUAUGUAUCUCAUGUAUAAACUUCCAUUUGUGGAGUGUCUUAUGUUUGGUGCACUUAUAUCAGCUACGGACCCUGUCACUGUACUGUCUAUAUUCCAGGAUGUGGGCACCGACGUUAACCUGUAUGCUUUGGUCUUUGGAGAAUCAGUUUUGAAUGAUGCUAUGGCAAUAUCAUUGUACAGAACAAUGUCCUUACUUAACCGCCAGUCCUCGUCUGGGGAACAUUUUCUCAUGGUGGUGAUUAGGUUUCUUGAGACUUUUGCUGGCUCAAUGUCUGCAGGGGUUGGGGUUGGAUUUACUUCAGCUUUACUCUUCAAGUAUGCAGGAUUGGAUACGGAGAAUCUACAGAACUUGGAGUGUUGUCUCUUUGUCCUUUUCCCUUAUUUUUCAUACAUGCUUGCAGAAGGUGUUGGUCUCUCCGGCAUUGUGUCUAUACUCUUCACAGGAAUUGUUAUGAAGCGCUACACUUUCUCAAAUCUCUCAGAAGCUUCACAGAGUUUCGUAUCUUCUUUUUUUCACUUGAUAUCCUCUCUGGCAGAAACUUUCACGUUCAUUUACAUGGGAUUUGAUAUUGCCAUGGAGCAGCAUAGCUGGUCCCAUGUUGGGUUUAUCCUUUUCUCUAUUGACUGGCAUCAGUUGUUUAUUGGCGUGGCUAGGGCUGUCAAUGUAUUUGGAUGUGCAUAUUUGGUCAACCUAUUUAGACAGGAUAACCAGAAGAUACCUAUGAAUCACCAAAAAGCCCUUUGGUAUAGUGGCCUUCGAGGGGCAAUGGCAUUUGCGCUUGCACUUCAAUCACUUCAUGACCUACCUGAGGGUCACGGUCAAAUCAUCUUUACUGCAACCACAACCAUCGUUGUUGUCACGGUUUUACUAAUAGGAGGUUCGACAGGUAAAAUGUUGGAAGCUUUGGAAGUUGUAGGUGAUGAUCUUGAUGACUCCAUGUCUGAAGGCUUUGAAGAGAGCGAUCAUCGGUAUGUCCCUCCUCCUUUUAGCAUUGGGGCUUCAUCUGACGAGGAUACAUCAUCAUCUGGAAGCAGGUUCAAGAUGAAACUGAAGGAGUUUCACAAAACCACUACGUCAUUCAGCGCGUUGGACAAAAACUUUCUGACACCAUUCUUUACAACUAACAAUGGCGAUGGAGAUGGAGACGGAGAGUAACACGUAAAGGGCAGUGUAUAUGUGUAAUCUAAGCCAAGUUACAGUUAUCCUUCACAUGAAAAUGCUAUCCAAAAUAUUUCCACUGAUUAUAUAUGAAUUAUUUUGUGGUA